CCGCGGAUGAUCAUUCAUCAGCCACGGUUGAUUCAAUGUUUACCUAACGUUCCGAGCUGGGCACCCUUGAUUGGUCCACAUGGCCGUCCUUUUUCCUUGGAGCAGAUGCAGAUGAUGUCUGUAUUGUCCAUGGCGUCGUCAUGGGACAGAAGCAACAUUUGCAUGCCUGCGAACAAUAAAUGUCGCGUCCACGUUCAAUAAGCGCCCGAUUCGCCGCUCUCGCACAGCAGUCAGCAGUCUAAUCAAUUGAUACACAUUUCACACACGGCCAAGCACGAAGCACUAUAAUCGGGAAAAGCGACCUGUUGUUGUACUGUGAGGCAUUUCCGUGACCCUAGCCGGGCGCGCUAAGCCCGAAACAACCUGAGUCAAGCUGGCUUCAGAAUCACAGCUAGACUCUUUCUCGCAUCUCAGCAACAGACACUGACCAAGAUCCUCAUAGUCGCUACUCCUGCUCUCCCUCGUCGGAUGAGUUCCUCAAUCAUUCCUCCAUCUCCCCCCCACAUCUAAUCAUCCCAAAUGUUACGUCUAUCGCUUAGGGCCUCCCGGCAGCUCCCCAGCCAGAGCUGCCCGGCCGCCCGUGCAAGCUUCUCAACCUUCGCCGCAUCGCCGUCGCGAUCCGCCAUCACCACAUCUCGCAGACCGCUUGCUCUCUCUGCUCAGCGCCAGCAGCGCCGGAGAUAUGCUCUGUCUGCCGAGGACACCGACAAGGGCGUUGACCCCAACGACUCUUUCCUCCAGGGCAACACUGCCAACUAUGUCGACGAAAUGUACAUGCAGUGGAAACGUGACCCUUCGAGCGUCCACAUCUCCUGGCAGGUCUAUUUCCGCAACAUGGAGUCGGGCGACAUGCCUGUAUCUCAAGCUUUCCAGCCACCCCCGACCAUCAUGCCCACCCCCCACGGCGGAAUCGGUCCCGACUUCAAGCCCGGCCUCGGAAUGCACGCCGGCGAGGGCGCAGACGUUAUGAACCACUUGAAGGUUCAGCUGCUCGUGCGCGCAUACCAGGCCCGAGGCCACCACAAGGCCAAGAUCGAUCCUCUCGGCAUUCGCGGGGAAGCUCAGGCAUUUGGCUACAGCAAGCCACGCGAAUUGGAGCUCUCCCACUACAACUUCACUGAAAAAGACUUGGAUCAGGAGUUCGAGCUCGGUCCCGGCAUCUUGCCUCGCUUCAAGACGGACAGCCGGAAGAAGAUGAAGCUCAGAGAGAUCAUCGAUGCUUGCGAGCGCUUGUACAGCGGCUCCUAUGGUGUCGAGUACAUUCAUAUUCCCGACCGCGAGCAGUGCGACUGGCUUCGCGAGCGUAUCGAGAUAGAAACCCCUUACAAGUACUCUGUGGAUGAGAAACGCCGUAUCCUCGACCGCCUCAUCUGGGGUACUAGCUUCGAGGCUUUCCUUGCCACCAAGUAUCCCAACGACAAGCGAUUUGGUCUGGAGGGUGGUGAGAGUCUGAUCCCGGGUAUGAAAGCGCUCAUUGAUCGGAGUGUCGAUUACGGCGUUAAGGAUGUCGUCAUCGGAAUGCCUCAUCGUGGACGUCUCAACGUGCUCAGCAACGUCGUCAGGAAGCCAAACGAGUCCAUCUUCAGCGAAUUCGCUGGAACUGCCGAACCAGGUGAUGAGGGCUCGGGUGACGUCAAGUACCACUUGGGUAUGAACUUCGAACGACCCACGCCUUCUGGCAAACGUGUACAGCUUUCCCUGGUCGCCAACCCAUCGCAUUUGGAGGCUGAGGAUCCGGUCGUCCUCGGUAAGACUCGUGCUAUCUUGCACUACAACAACGACGAGAAGGACGCCAAGUCUGCCAUGGGUGUGCUUCUGCACGGUGACGCUGCCUUUGCUGGCCAAGGUGUAGUGUACGAGACCAUGGGUUUCCACUCGCUCCCAAGCUACCACACUGGCGGUACCAUUCAUAUCAUUGUCAACAACCAGAUUGGUUUUACCACUGACCCUCGUUUCUCCCGCUCAACUCCGUACUGCUCCGAUAUUGCAAAGGCUAUCGAUGCGCCUGUCUUCCACGUCAACGGUGACGAUGUAGAGGCUCUCAACUUUGUUUGCCAGCUUGCCGCCGAUUUCCGCGCCGAAUUCAAGAAGGACGUUGUCAUUGAUUUGGUUUGCUACCGAAAGCAGGGUCACAACGAGACGGAUCAGCCUUUCUUCACUCAGCCAUUGAUGUACAAGCGAAUUGCCGAACACCCUCCCACCCUGGACAUCUAUAUCAAGAAGCUCCUCGAGGAAAAGACUUUCACCAAGGAAGACAUUGAUGAGCACAAGGCUUGGGUUUGGGGCAUGCUCGACGAAAGCUUCAACCGUAGCAAAGACUACCAGCCGACAGCUAAGGAAUGGUUGACUUCCGCUUGGAAUGGAUUCAAAUCUCCCAAAGAGCUCGCAACUGAGGUCCUUCCUCAUUUGCCCACGGCUGUGGAAGAGUCCACGCUCAAGCAUGUCGGUGAGAAGAUCGGUAACGCGCCUGAAGAUUUCACCGUCCACCGCAAUCUCAAGCGUAUUCUCGCUGGCCGCACUAAGACUGUGACUGACGGAAAGAACAUCGAUAUGGCUACUGCGGAAGCUUUGGCUUUUGGUACGCUUUGUAUGGAGGGUCACCACGUCCGUGUUUCUGGUCAAGAUGUUGAGCGUGGUACAUUCUCUCAACGUCACUCUGUCCUUCACGACCAGGAGACUGAGAAGACGUACACCCCCCUCCAGGACCUUAGCAAGGAUCAGGCUACCUUCACCAUCUCCAACUCUUCGCUAAGCGAAUACGGAGUUCUCGGAUUCGAGUACGGUUACUCUCUGUCGUCGCCCAAUGCGCUUGUCAUGUGGGAGGCCCAGUUCGGUGACUUUGCCAACACAGCACAAGUCAUCAUUGAUCAGUUCAUUGCCUCUGGUGAAACCAAGUGGUUGCAACGAUCUGGCCUGGUCCUCAGUUUGCCUCACGGUUACGACGGCCAGGGUCCUGAGCACUCCUCUGGACGUAUGGAGCGUUAUCUACUUCUCUGCAACGAAGAUCCUCGUGUGUUCCCAUCUCCAGAGAAACUCGAACGCCAACACCAAGACUGCAACCUCCAGAUCGCCUAUCUCACCAAGCCGUCGAACAUGUUCCACAUCCUUCGCCGACAGAUGAACCGACAGUUCCGCAAGCCUCUCAUCUUGUUCUUCUCCAAGUCUCUGCUCCGUCACCCUCUCGCUCGCUCCAACAUUGAGGAAUUCACUGGGGAGUCGCACUUUGAAUGGAUCGUUCCUGACCCGGCCCACGAGUCUGGUGAGAUCGCGGCCAAGGAGGACAUCAAGCGUGUCAUUCUGUGCAGUGGCCAGGUGUAUGCUGCUCUGGUUAACGAGCGCAAGGCUCGCGAACUGAACGAUGUGGCCAUCACCCGUAUCGAACAGCUCAACCCCUUCCCAUGGCAACAACUGAAGGAGAACCUGGACUCGUACCCCAACGCGCAGGACAUCAUCUGGUGUCAAGAGGAGCCCCUCAACGCUGGAGCGUGGAGCUUCACGCAGCCUAGGAUCGAGACGCUGCUGAACGAGACGGAACACCACAACAGGAGGCACGUCAUGUACGCUGGCCGUGGCCCGAGCGCAUCUGUGGCUACUGGUACCAAGGCGGCGCACAAGAAGGAGGAGGUGGAUCUGCUCGAAAUGGCCUUCAGCGUCAAGCAGGACAAGCUCAAGGGCGAGUGAUUUGGAUUGGGAAUGGUUGGAGGCGCGUAGCAUUGUAUUAUUUGUUCUCUUGUUUUUUUUACUAUGUUUGACAUGGCAUGCGUUAUUCCCCCGUUUACUAGCACAUUGAGGCUUACUUUUACGAGGCCUCUCACUGUACAUUUUGCAUGAUGAAGGGUGUAUGUAUUCGGUAUUGGGGGUUGUGUACAAAAAAAAAGUUUAGAUGUUCAGACGGUGACUCUCCGCACGCACGGGCUCUUGCACCACAUGACUUGAAGUGUUCUUUGAAUGAUUGACAGAUUGUCCCGGUUUGAUUUCGUAAAAGCGCGUGGUACCCGUGGCUUUUCCCUUCUCAGCACUCGACGACAAAUCCAGGGGGAUCAAGGCGGCGUGGUGUUGUCGAAAGCCGCGGGUCGGAACGCAUCGGAACCAAUGCCGGGCUGGCUCCGUUCCCCUCCCCCUCCAGGAAAACGCGCCCCGCAAUCUCUGGACCCUCCUCGUCACUU